AUGAACGUUCUCACUUCCGAACCUACAAAGUGGGCGGACACCGUAGAAUUUUCCAUUGAUUGUUUGUUUUCAUCUCAAUCAGCAAGGAAUGUUGAAGAUGUCUUGUCGAAGGCGUCCACAAGAAAGCAUCAGAAAAACUUGUUGAAGGCGGUGGAACCAUGUAUAACAAAAAUGAUCGAGAAUCCCAACGGCAUUUCAAUUUUGACAUCCCUUGUAAAAUAUGGAACAAUUGUCACUGUUUCAAAUGUUACAAGGAUAGUUCUGCAUUCAUGUGAAAAGGUUCUUACCUGCGAAAAGGCGCCCGUAGAGGUUUGUGAAGCCCCUUUGGGUGUUCUUUUGGAGCGUAUUCUUUAUCGUGAGGAUUGCACCGAGGAUUGCCGAAUGAAUUUAAUAAAAAUAUUGAAAUCUCUUGACCAUUCUCUUCUUCUUGGGUCCUCGGUAUUUUUAUUGGCCACAGCUCGUUUGAUGAUUUUUGACAGAGCGUUUGCUGUAUCCGUAUGCUCUAACAUCAAGGCAAAAAAAGCAUUUUUUCAAUUGUUUUUGAUUAAGACAAAAAAAAAUGUGGUGAUUCGUUUCUGUGAAUUGGUGCUUUCCAUGCAAGAAAGAAGGGAAGAUCUGACGGAUUUAUGUUCCGUUUUUGUAUUUAAUGCUCUUCAUACCCUAUAUACUGCGAAUUCUUCUCUGCGCCCAUGGAAAGAGGUCACAAUGCUUUUAGCUUCAUGCGGGUGCAUUGCCGUUGUUCGGGAAAUGGUAAAACUUUUAUCAGAAUGGCCAGAUAUUUCUGUUUACUUAAGGAAUGAUCAUUAUGCGAAAGUAAUUGCUUCUCUCCUAGCUCGAAACCCAGAAAUGAAUGAUGGAAUUGUAUUGCUUAAAGUGUUAUUUCAAAAAAAGGAGGAUUUUGAUGAAAUUAUAGCAUCUCGAAAAUCUUCGCAAUUGCGGCUACUUGCAACCAUUGCCGAGAAGCCGGCGUAUGUGGCGGCUUUGUCAGAAACACUGGGUGAAUCCCCCGGGAAAAGGCUUCUUGCUGCAGCUGUUCGCUACCGAAAUAUUAACAAACCAAAAGCUCUUGCAACCAAAGAGGUCCUUCUUCAGCGAAUUGACAAAAUACGCUCCGCUUCUGGUGCAAUUGGUAGUUUGGAUAAAACGUUGAAAAGACGACGUGAAUAA